AUGGAACAAAUCUGGGACUGCGUAAAAAUUUGGACAAUCUCCCCUAAUGUCACACACUAUAGUGGAUAUUUACGUCACCGCUUUUAUACCGAUACCUAAAUCAUUGUAUAUAAUAAUAAUAAUUUGUAAAUAUAAAUGCUAAAACAAUUAUUUCUUACAGAUUCCAGUCCGACCAUUUGGUGAAGAAAUGCAUUAUGGCGGCGUUGGAAGCAUGUCGACUUGUCUGUGGAAACCAAACAUAAUGACUUGCGGCCUUAUUGACAAUACUAUCAAAGUGUGGAAUUAUGUUGAGUGCAAGUUACUGUUUUCCAAACACUAUCUGGAACAUGUGUCCAGUAUUUCAAUACACCCCAACGGUCUGUAUUCUGUGGCCACGUUCAUGGACCACGCUGAAUACCAAAUGAUCCAAUUAGACGAUCUGGUACCGUUAAAAUACUUCCCAAUAGCAGGCUACAAUUUAUGCAGUUUCAGCGAUUCCGGUCAUAUGUUUGCAUUGGGUAAAAAAAACGCAAUCGACGUUUACUGUUCAAUAAUGUUUGAAAAACUGUUUUCGUGCCAAGAACAUUUCCAAUCCGUGAGUAUUUGA